CAUUACUGCGUGACAAGAGUUUGUGAUUAACCCAUUUAUUGAUAUAACAGUGGGUGAUAAACGUGGAUGAGAUAAGGUUUUGCAUAAAUAUCUGAUAGGUUUAACCAGAAUAUUAAUAUAAGUUAAUAUCACUAAACUAAGGCUUUGCUUUGUCCUUGUUCUUGAGUCCAUUGGUAAAGGCUAGACAGAGGUGCAUACAGUCAAUGACAAUGGAUAUAAUAAUUGUAUUCUUCUUAGCCUAUACUAUCAAGCCCAGUUGGGCGGCAGGUAAGUCAAUUUUAGUCAAUCUACAAGGUUAACAGAACCAUUUAUAGCCAUUUCAUUUGAAUAUGCUUUGGUUUACCCCCAAAUUACCAUAACAGUUUUCAUAAUUAAGUACAAAACGUUUGAUUAACUGUUUUAUGAUUGAAACGGCUUGACAUGGCAAGAUUAGUUAUCUUUAAGACGCGUGACUGCUUUCUUCUAGAUUGGUGCUACCAGUCGCAGGUGUCAUGUAACGGGACAUGCAGGGGUGAGUACUGUGGACCCGGCCAGAAUUGUACCUGAUUUGAUCUUAGCCCGGCCAGGUCCUACCGUAGCACGUUAUCAAUGUCAACACUAUGGCUUCCACAGGCCCCGACGAUUGGCCCUUGGUCGCUCUGCAUUGCAGUGGAAGAAACCAGUCUCCUGUGAAUAUUGUCACAAGGAUAACGCUUCCCGAUGAAAGGCUGGUUCCGUUACAACUCAUCAACUAUCAGAAAAUGUUCAGAGGUCGCAUCAUAAACAACGGACAUACCGUUCAACUAGAUCUACCCUCAAAUGUAAAGAUCCAAGGCGGAAAGCUGGCAGGGCCAUAUAAGGCCUUGCAGCUCCACUUCCACUGGGGGAAAGAUGGAGGCCCAGGGUCCGAGCAUACUAUUGAUGGAGAACGGUUCCCCAUGGAGAUGCACAUUGUCCAUAUAAAGGAAGAAUAUGAUACUUUGGACCAAGCUGUGGCAGACGACACAGGCGUGGCAGUUCUUGGGUUUUUCUUUCAGGUAAGCCUAACGAGCAACAGCACGCUUGGCGGCGUGUCACUGGGCCGGCUCGUGCCACCGGAGGAGACUCUCGAACACUACUUCCGUUACCAGGGCUCGCUCACCACGCCGCACUGUGACGAGUCCGUCGUGUGGACGCUGUUUAAAACCCCCGUUCCGCUAAGCAGGAAACAGCUCUCUGCGUUCUGCGGUCUUCGGUCUCCCCGUGGGACGCGCAUGGUGAACACCUACCGGCCAGAGCAGCCGCUGAACGGGAGGAAGGUGUAUUACUCCGGCGGGGGCCUGCCUCUGCUUAACACCGCCCUGCUCAUCUGCUCUGUGUUGAUAUCCAGUGGACCCUCACUGCACAGCGAGAGCUGAACGUAAACACCUGUCCUGUGCAAACAAU